AUGCGCGCCCAAGUCCUCGAGGCAUUCAACGCCCCCUACACCCUCAGAGCGGUCGAAAGGCCAUCCAACCCCAAAGGGCAUGAUAUCCUUGUCAAUGUGAAAGCCGCGUCAUACUGUCACACCGAUGCAGUCUUCGCGUCCGGCGCCAUGUGGCAGGAUCUCCCAAGGGUUGGCUCGCACGAGUUCGCCGGCGUUAUCGUAGCCAUGGGCCCGGAUGUUUCCUCUCGUCUAGGUCUCCAGGUUGGCACUUCCGUUGGAGUUCCUGGCCGAGCGUUUCACCCCUGCGGAUCAUGUUACCAGUGCAGCAACAACGACGGCGAUCCGGAGAAAUAUGGCGUCUACUGUACCAAGGCCGGUAACCUCGGGCUCUCACGAGACGGAGGCUUCCAGGACUACUGCACUGUGGACUCUCGCCAGGUUGCUCCUAUGCCGCCGGGAAUGACUGCUGUCGAUACGGCUCCGUUGAUGUGUGCCGGGUUGACGAUCUGGAACGCACUCGGCCAAGGAAAUGUCCGGCUCGAUAAAGGAAAGCAAGGCGGCGAGGGCAUGACUGUCGCGAUCUCCGGUGCUGGUGGUGGCUUAGGGCAUUUGGGAGUGCAGUUUGCUGCCAAACUGGGCUGCAGGGUUGUUGCAAUCGAUGCAUCGGACGCAGCACUCAGCCUGGUUCGACGGGUUGUGGAUGGUCUCGGCCCUCUGGGUUCCAGGGUGACAGUCGUCGAUGCACGAGUCCAGCCAGCGGAAGAGGCCCGCUGGGCUGUAUGUGGGAAACCCGAGCCGGCCUUGGAGGGCGAGAAGGGUGUGGACUCUGUGCUCAUUUUGCCAGAAGCCCAGCAGGCGCUCGAGUACGGUAUGAAGCUGCUCAAAGACCAUGGCACAUGCGUUAUGGUCAGUUUCCCUAAAGAGGGCUUCCGGAUUCAGCCUCGAGACCUGGUGUUCCGCCAUAUCAAAAUGGUUGGCGUGCUUGUUGGAAGGAAUCACCAGCUCCGGGCGAUGCUGAACUUCGCGGCACAGGAAGGCGUACGGGCCAUCAGCAAGACAUACUCAUUGGAGAAGCUGAACGAGUUGGUCAAUGACUACAACAAUGGUGCCAGUGGAAAGCUGGUCAUUGAUAUGGCCAAAUCAAUGAUUUCCAGAGUGGCAGUGAAGCUGGUUGGUUCAGGCGCUGUUUAA